AUGUCAUCUAGAAAAAAUUUUAAAAAUUGUAAUCGACCAAAAAAAAUUUCUAAAGAAAUUUAUUCAAAAGGUAGAUCUUCUUAUUUUAACAAAAAUGAAGAUAAUCAAUGUGUACAAGUUCUUUGGUUUGGUCUAGGAAGUAUAAUUAUUGGAAAUACAUUUGCUUGCCGUUCACAAUAUUUUUCUGGUUUAAAUACAUAUAGUUCAACUGAACUUCAUCAUCUUGAAACUACAUGUAAUUAUGCAGCAGGAAAUCAUCAAUUGUUAUCAUAUAUUCAUAUUAAUAACAAAAAAACAACAUUAAGAUUAGAUUUUUGUAUUCCUAUACUUCCUGGUACAUCAAAAUUAAAUUUUCAAGGAUAUCGUACAUAUAUUACUUAUAGAAAUAUUAGAAAAAUUUACAUUGAUUUAAAUGAUAAAAAUGUUAAACAAACUGUUAUCUAUAUUAAAAUAAAACAACCAUUAUUAUUUUGGAAAGCAAUACCGAAUACUUCUAGUACGGUAAAAAUAAUGAAUACAGAGUUAUGUAGACAUUGGAGAAGAUGUUUUAAUUGGCCAUCAACAGAAAAAUGUUCUGGAAUUACUUCUGAUAUUAUGGUUAGAAGUAAUGUUGUUGCUAUUUCAAUACCAAAAGACAAUGCAUUAAGUAAUGUAAAUUCAUACAGAAGAGGAAUAUAUGUUAAAGAAGGUGAAGAUGCUUUUUAUAGUAAUAUUAUAUGUGAAAUGUUAUUUAUAUUAUAUAAAGAUUAUAAUAUUCCUAUUGUAAAUAAUAAAAUGGAAAGAUUUUUUAUGAAACAUAUAGCUUUAAUGAAACCACCAGUAACAAAAAGUUUUUCAAUUAAUUAUUCAUUGGAAGCAUUAAAUUGUAGAAAUUUUUACAUAACAGAUCAAUUAUUUAAAUUAGAUGAAUCUGGUGUUCCACUUUUUUAUUUAAAAGUUCUUCAAAAAAUGAAUAUAUCUCAAGUUAUAACAGAAUUUGCAUUAAAUCGUUUACUUUCAUUUAUUGAUAUUCAUGGUGAAGUAAAUAUUAUAGAAACAUUUGAAACACUUUUUACACAAGGAACUAAAUUAAUGGUAAAUGAUGAAAAUCAAAAAAAUUCUAAAACAUUUUUUACAACUAUUCCUAAAAAUUGUUUAUAUAUAAGAAAAGUAUUAGUUACUCCAUGUAAAAUAGUUCUUUUACCACCAGAAGUCAUGAUGACAAAUAGAGUUGUUAGAAAAUUUGGUGAAAAUUCAUGUAUAAGAGUAGUUUUUAGAGAUGAUGAUGGUACUCGAAUACAUAUUCGAGGUUUCUACAGAACACGUUCAGAAGAAGAUGAAGUAAAUUUAAUUUCUGAUUUUAUUUUAAAUCCAUUAUUAAAUGGUCUUAAUAUAGCAGGAAUAAGAUAUAAUUUUCUUGGUUGGUCAAAUUCACAGAUGCGUGAUCAUGGAGCAUAUUUUUUUAGAGAUACUGAAAUUAUAAAUUCAACAACUGGUUUAAGUAAAAUUUAUAAAAUUAUUGAUGUUAGAAGAUGGAUGGGAGAUUUUACAAAAUGUUCUUCAUUACCAAAAAUGAUGGCAAGAAUGGGUCAAUGUUUUACACAAACACAACCAGUUAUAUGUUUAAAAGAAACUGAUUAUAUUGUUAUUGAUGAUAUUUAUGGAGGAUAUAAUUAUGAUGGUACUAAAUUUUGUUUUAGUGAUGGAUGUGGUACCAUAUCAUUAAAAAUGGCUUCAACUUUAGCUUCAAUAUUAAAACUUGAUUAUAUUCCUUCUGUUUUUCAAAUAAGGUUUAAAGGUUUCAAAGGUAUUUUAUCUAUUGACAAUAGUAUUGAUAAUAGUGGUCAAGCAUAUUCUAUUAUAUUUAGAAAAAGUCAAUUAAAAUUUGAUAUUUAUAAUAAUGAUAGUGAAGCUUUUCUUGAAGUAGUUAAAUAUUCAAUGCCUGCUAUUGCAUGUUUCAAUAGACAACUUAUUGUUAUUCUUGAUCAAGUUGGAUAUAAACAAUGUAUUAAAAGAGGAUCAUUAAUUUCAAAAACAUUAAUGUAUUAUUUUAUGAAUGAAAUACGUAGCCUAUUUAGUUGUUUCUUUUUUUCUGAUGAAGCAGCAAAAGUAGCAAUGGAUAGAUGUAAUUCACAUAUAAAUUUUUAUAAAUUACAUGAAUCUGGAAUCGAUUUAGCUAAAGAACCAUUCUUUCGUAAAAUAAUAGGAAGUAUUAUUAAAGUAGCAAAUAUGAAUUUAAUGAAAUUAAAACUUGAUUUUCCUAAAAAUUGUGCAAGAACCAUGUAUGGAUUAAUGGAUGAAACAGGAACAUUGAUGCCUGGACAAGUGUUUGUUCAAUAUUCACAAAAUUAUUUUGAACCAAAUAAGAAUGUUAUUCUUCAUCAAGGAAAAGUUAUGGUUACUAAACAUCCAUGUAGAUCACCAGGAGAUGUUCGUAUUUUAGAAACUGUUAAUGUUCCUGCAUUAAAGCAUUUAGUUGAUGUAAUUGUUUUUCCUAAAUAUGGAUGGCGACCACAUCCUGAUGAAAUGGCUGGUAGUGAUUUAGAUGGUGAUGAGUAUGUUGUAAUUUUUGAUAAGAAUCUUUUUUUUCGAAAUAAUGAGCCUGCAUCUUCAUAUCUAUCUCCUUCUCCUAGAAUGUGUAAUGAAGAAAUAAGUGAUUUAGCAAUGGCAGAUUUCUUUAUUAAUUUCAUAAAACAUGAUUAUCUUGGUAUAUUGUCAAAUGCUCAUCUUGUUCAUGCUGAUAUUAAUGGAAUAUUUACUCCAAUUUGUACAGAACUUGCUAAAAAAUGUUCAAUAGCAGUUGACUUUUGUAAAACUGGAGUAUCAACACAACAACUUCAAAGAGAAGAAAAAAGUGAAUGUGCACCAGAUUUUUUACAACCAAAAUCAAAUAAAAUUAUCUAUGAAAGUAAAAGAAUAAUAGGUAUAAUUUUUAGAAAAGUUAAUGCUUUUAAUCAUUUUACUACAUUAUAUCAAAGUAUUCAUGAUAAGGCUGGUCCUACUAUUUUAGAUGAAGUAUUUAAAAUGAAAAUGGUUGAUAUGUUAAAGUAUCCUAAAGUUUAUGAAAAAGUAAAAAGCUCAUAUAAAGAAUACAUUUUUCGAUUAGAAAUUUUGAUGGCUGAGUAUGGUAUUGAUGAUGAAGCAUCAAUAGUUUCAAAUAGUAUUGUAAAUUUAAACAGAAUUUCUGAUAUGGAAAAAAUGGAUUUUACAUUUUAUCAUUCAGAACAAAUUGUUGAUAUUAGAUACAAACACAUUAUUUCAAUAAUGAGGAAACAAUUUUUUUAUGACUUUGGAAUAGAAGUAUAUAAUUUAAGUAAAAAUUAUCUUCUUGAUGAUUUUAAAAUUUCUAAAGUUAUGGCUGCCAAAGCUAGAAUGUGGUACACUUUAGCAUAUACAAAUUCUACUGAUAUAAAUGAAAAACCAUCUUUGAAGUCUUUUGCAUGGAUUAUAUGGGACGUUUUAUCUAAUAUGAAAAAAAAUUAUAACAAAAUAAACAACGAAUAUAGUAUUCUGCAAAAUGACGAACUUUGUAGUGAAAAUAAUUAA